AUGUCUAACACCAACAUGAAAUCCUUGAACAUCAUUAUCCUCAUGCUGGCUACUGGUUCAACAUGCUUCCAACUCAUCCUUUCAUCCAUGGACCUCCAAGUCAGCCUUUGCAGACUCAAUUCCAAGGUUCUGUCAGCAUGCCUCCUCAGUAUUUACUUCAAGGGACACUACAUAAUCCUGAUGGUGUGCACAAAUACAGUGAUUUCUGUUGCCAACAUUGAUAUCUCCAUACCAUUAAAUACUGGAGUUGUAGGUGGACGUAUCAGCCAUGUCCAGAUCCGCCUUCCUGUUGAUAUUCUGUUUGAAGACUUUUUUUCACAUAUUUGUGCCAAAAUGGACCUGGACCCAGCAGGUGCUGAACUUGGCUACAAGUUUCACAACAAUCAAGUCCAAGAUGCCCCUCAUCAGCUCUCCAAUGAACAACAGCUUUGGGAGGCAUUUGAGCAGGGCUGUGACCUCAUCAAAUGA